AUGGCCACCCUCAAACGGAGCGGGAAGCGCAGACAAGCUGUGGUCGACCCUAUUGAGGAAGUGAAUCGAAAGGAGGACGAGACCUUCAUCAAGGACCACCUAUGCCCUAGCACGCCCGAGUGGACCGAGUGGACCAACCCGACCACCCAGGAAAAGUUCUCAGUCAAUCUGUUCCGAUCGGCAUCCAUGAGUGCUGAGGACCUCGGCGCUUGCUAUAGUCUAGUUGAAGAGACCAGCCGCGCCGAUUAUGAGGCCUCUGCAACCGGGUGGAGGCCAAGCAAGAAAUUGGCCGAGAUGAAAUCUCCCGAGUUGAGGUAUAUCGUAGUCAAGACUGCUGCGGGGGUCAUUCGUGGCUUUACGUCGCUGAUGCCCACGUACGAAGAAGGGGAGCCAGUUAUCUAUUGCUACGAAGUCCACCUCAAGCCCGAGUUGCGAGGGACCGGCCUCAGCACGGUGCUCUUGGGCUUUCUAGAGAGCAUUGCAGCCAACACGCCUCCCAUCAGGAAAGUUAUGCUAACUUGCUUUCUGAGCAACGAGCGGGCUCUUCACUUCUACCAGAAGUUCGGCUUCGAGAAGGAUAAGAUCUCACCGGAGCCGAGGAAGCUCCGGUUCGGUAAGGAAUUCACUCCCGACUAUGUCAUUCUCAGCAAAGUCGUCCAAGGUUGCUAG